AUGUACUUCCCUGCGUCCUUCCUCAUGCUUGUGGCCGCUAUUGGCGGAGCUACCGCCGCGCCCAGUGCUGAGGCUGUCGAUAUUCACGCAAGAGACGUCGCAGUCACCAUCAAAAUUUGCAGCGAAAUCAACUUGGGAGGAGACUGUAUUUCUCCUACUGUCUACUCUCAGCAUGACUGCUACUCUUUGAACGGCAGCCCCGUCAACCAGCUGGCCAAGUCGGUCAGCAUCCCGAAUGGCUACCGUUGCCGCUUCUGGAGCUCCACAACCUGCAAUGGUGGUGGCACCGGCGAUAUCCAAAGCCCCGGAAACAACAACAUUGGCUCUAGCGGAGUCAGCUCUGUCAAGUGCUAUGUUAACUAA